GCUCCUCCAGGGUUUUGGCUUUGUUGCUUGGUGGUGUACGUGGUUGCCGUACACCUUCUAGGGUUUAUCACUGUCCGCCGUGUUAAUUCUUCACUAUGGUCGCCGAGCCGCUUAGAGAUUUGAGCCAGCCGAUUGAGGUGCCUUUGGUCGACGCCACUGUUGCUGCCUUCUGUGGCACCGGAUCUAAGAAAGAGUCCAUGGCUGAAGAAACCCAGCUGCUGGAAUCUGGAAGAAGCCUGAAAAAGAGGCAGUUACUUAAAAGGCAUGGUCAUAAGAAGUCAAAUAAAAGGCCAAAAUUGAUACCAGCGCCCCAGGUACAGAAGAAAGUUAAAAUGGACAAGAAAAUGAAGAGACUUAUCCGCAAGCGAGCACGGGAGUAUAAUUCUGAUGAUGAUGAUGAGGAUGGCAGUGGUAUUCAGCCUGGAAUUACCAAUAAUGUAACUGAAGAGGAAGACAAAGAAGGUGAUGACUUCUCUGAUGACGAUGAAGCAGGAGGACAAGAUGCUUGUAACCCAACUGUGAGUGAUAUGAAUAAUGACAUUUCAGAUGAUGAAGGAGAAGAUGGGGAUAUUCAGCCAGGAAUAACAAAAUUUACGGAAGGUUGUAGAGCAUUCAGGAUGGCCUUCAGGAAUAUUAUGAAGAAGAGUGUUUCUGAAGAUUCCUUGGGUCCAGUAUUAUCAGGGCACAAGAAACUUAUUGCAGACAAGCUUGCAGAAGAAGAGGCUGAACGCCAUGUCAAGGGAGAGGCGAAGAAGGAAAAGAAAAUGCUGGCAGAAAAGGGGCACGUCAAGCCAGCUAAUUAUUUGGAUUCUCAUGAAAAGUUUCUAAUAAGUGUUGCGACAAAAGGAGUGGUUAAGUUGUUCAAUGCUGUCAACAAGGCACAAACUGCUCAGAAAGGGUUGAAUCCUUUAAGGAGUAAAGAUGCAAAAGAAAUAAGAAAGCGGACCAAAGAAGCCUUCUUUUCAGAGUUAGGCAAGCCAUUGUCUGCAACAGGCACCUCUGGAAAGGCUCAAACGAGCAAAGAAAAACUGGAAGUCGAAGAGCCUGCUUGGGUGCCAUUACGAGAUAAUUAUAUGCUGACAAGUUCAAGACUGAAAGAUUGGGACAAAGUUCCUGAAAAAGUUGCAUCAGAUGACUUUGGAAAAAUCUCUGAAGAUAGUAGUUCUGAUGAAGAUUAGUUUUGAACUUGACUAGGCACUGCAGUGAGAUCGUCUUCGCGGGUAUUUUGUGAGCAUUUGAAGAAUUGAGACACUGCAAUAUUGUAAUUGGCAUGAUUUUUGCCCAUCAAUUUUGUAAUUAGAUGCCCAGUGUGCUUCAUCUUGAGAAGGGAUGGAGUCCAUGAGCUAACGUGGAGUUUUAGAUAUAUAUAACAGUUUGUAGUUCCUGUUGGUAGAAAUGAUAACAAUACUUGAAAGGAAGUGAAUUCGGUGUUUUAAGAAAUUGUCGAUCUUUAUAAAAAACUGUUCCUGUA